AUGAUCACCGAGCCAGCCACCAAAGCCAAGAAGAAAACCAGCGGAAAUUCGGAAGCCAAAGUAACCGCAGAUGGCGACCAUCGAAAGAGGCGUCGUAAUCGGACUACACAAUCCUGCCUUAAUUGUCACACUUCGAAGCGAAUGUGCGAUAGAAGGCGUCCUGCAUGUUCGCGAUGCACACAACUCGGCCUGACCGGAUUGUGUGUCUACGAGGUAGACGACCCCAAUCAACGUUCGGACCCGCAAGAUGAGAGCUCUAGGCUGCUCAAACGAGUGGCUGAGUUGGAAGGCGUGAUCCGGGAGUUAAAGAAUAAACCACAUCCGCGAUGGGUACAACCUCGAGAGGAUCCGAUGGGAGACCCAAAAAUUACUGUUUCGAAUGAGCCAGUCAGGUCUGGCGCAUUCGGUGAGGCGGUUUCUAGCCCAGCAGUAGCAACAUCGCCCACGUGUUACUUCUCCAAAUCGAGUCCUGGUGCACCAAGCCCGGCACGAUAUAGUCCUCCAGUCAACACCCCCGCCCUUAGCUCCCCUUCACCCGGCAGUACUACGCCAUCCAGCGAGUCUUCCUUCACAUUACUAAACGAUCCCAGAGCCCCUCCUCGACUGGAUCUAACUGCCUUGUUCUCGCCUUAUCCCAGUGGACCCGUUUCAGGGUAUGAUGGCGCUUACGGAGGUCAAAGCGAUCUGCUCUAUUGCGAGCCAUUCUCGGAGAAGAACGCAAAUACGCGAUGUAAUUGCCUGGCUGAAGCCGACAAUUACAACGCCUUACUCGAAUUAUCAUUGCGACUUCGCAAAGCAGCUCAGACCAUGGCUCAAUCCCGCUUCCAUCAAAUGGGUCCACCGUGCACCCUUCAUCAACAUAUUGCCGAACUGGAUGUUUACACUAGGAAAGUUUAUAGCAACUUUUUCGCGACUUUCUGA